UCUGCUUGUGUGUCUCUAUGUGUUUAUUAUUUCCACGUUUUCUGCACAAUAAUCUUUUUUAAUUGUAUAAAUUAUUGUUGCUUCCUCCGUAAAACAUACCGGACUUCGAACUAAUUUUUAUUUGCCGGUUGGUGUAAAAUCAUUAAUUUCAUCAUAUAGUUUUAUCAGCGUUUCAAUUUAUUUCUUUGCUAAAUUCGGAAAUAAGUGAGUUAUAUCGAUAACAUAAAUUUUAUAUACCGAUAUUUAGUUGGGUCCAAUUCUAUAAAAAUUAUAGGCCUAGUCACUUUUUCAAUCAUAGAAUUUUCCAUUAACUUCAACCCCCGGAAUUCCAAGAGAUAUGGUGCCCUUUGUGGUUUUUUAGCACUUAGGAAUUGUAAUUGCAGUGGGGCAUGGCCGGCUCUGGUACUAAACUGAUGACAUUGACAACAACCGUGACCUUGAGUGACCUUCAGACACGCUUCAGCCGAGACCUGGCAGAAUGGAGGACGACGACGCAGCAGCAACAACAACCCCUAGUGAAAAAACUCCCGAGCACAACAAAACGGACGAAUCGCCCCGCAUUGGUGUAAAUGUAAAUGGUGUGGUGAAACAAGAUGGCUGUGAUAAGUUUAACCGGAGUGUGGCGUCGAGAAGCAGUUCGUCUUCGCUGUUGUCGAUGCGGCGCCGAUCCAUAGUAAUGAGUCCAACGAGCGAUGCGGCCAAAGCGAGCUUCAACAGUAAAACUGGACUUCACGUGCAGUUCCACUCGAGUACGAAUACAAACGGUUCCGGUCAGGGAGAAAAGAAAGGGAGAGCACCCUCGUACACCUCAACGAGUUCAGGGAGCUCGAGUUCAAGUUACGAGGACGACUCGAGCUCUGGCUUGUCCGAGGUAAAGGCACCUGAUGGCGGAUGGGGAUGGGUCGUCGUCUUUGCGGCAUUCAUGGUCAACCUUAUCGCAGACGGGAUUACGUUUUCCUUUGGUGUGAUUUUUGUAGAGUUUCUUCAUUACUUCGGCGAGGGUAAAAGCAAAACAGCAUGGAUCGGCAGUUUAUUCAUGGCAAUGCCUUUGUUGUCCGGUCCAGUGGCAAGUUUCCUAACGGACAGGUACGGGUGCAGAAGAGUGACUAUAAUCGGUGCAAUAUUGGCUGCUGCGGGAUUCAUAAUCUCCUCGUUCACCAACAGUGUGGAGUUGUUGUUCCUCACAUUCGGUAUCAUCGCCGGGUUUGGACUGUCGUUGUGCUAUGUGGCGGCAGUCGUGAUUGUUGCAUAUUACUUUGACAAGAGGAGAUCGUUUGCGACCGGUCUAUCCGUGUGUGGUAGCGGGAUCGGCACGUUUGUGUUUGCACCUGUCACACAGUUUCUGCUCGUGGAGUAUGGUUGGCGAGGGACCACUCUGGUACUCGCCGGGCUCUUCUUGAAUCUUAUUGUGUGCGGAAUGCUAAUGCGAGACCUGAAGUUCACUCCAGGGAUGAGUAAAGGUAAAGACCUGAAGAAACGGAAGAAGAAAUUACGUCUCAACACAACCUGCAGUGCCGACUCCUUCUCGGCUCUCAACUCCACCCAGCAAACUCCCACAUCAUGUCCCAGCAGCGGAGAGCUACGGAAACUCCUUCAGCGACCUGAUCAUGGAACACCGAUGUUUGAUGUUGCCCCGAUGGAUCUCAAGACCAUGGCUCGAUUCCUUCUUAAACUGCCUCCGUAUGGAGAUAAACUGAUAAAAUUAGUGUCCUCCCCUAUAGAGAGUCCAGGAGGUGACUGUGACUUGGUCUCACGGCAGUUUAGCUCACUAGUCAGUCUGCCGACAUUUGUCCGCAACGAAGAGAAAGUUCCGCUAGAAGUCCUGGAGAUGUUGACCACCCACAAACAUCUGUACGCAGUCCUCCUGCAUAACUACCCAAGUCUACUGAUAUCUUCUCGUAGCUUCAGUGACAGCGGCCGCCUUCAUGAACAGCAGCAACUCAAUGGACGUCCGAGAGAUCAGUUAUCAGCGAGGUUCGUAGCUAACAACGCCCCCGUCAGUCCUCUAGCUCGCACUCCCAACACAGAGCCCCGCAGCACCGCCACCACCCCGGCAGACGACGGUAUCACUGAGGCCAGCCCACUGCGGGGCCACAAACAGACCCGCCUGCCUACUGCCAGCUAUCUCAAGGAUCUCAGGGUUCACAGGCACUCGCUCACGUAUCGUGGAGCCAUGUUGAACAUCAACAGGUAUCGUCUGAGAGCUUCUUCGUGCCCAGACAUCUACAGGAACUCCAUGACUACCAUCGCUAAAGAGGAGUCUGAUUGGUCCUCCGGGCUCUCGGAGUUGUGGCUCUUGAUGGCUGACAUGUUAGACUUCUCACACUUCUCCAACCCUCGGUUCCUACUGUUUGCGGUCAGCAACUUCCUGCUGUACACAUGGUAUGAUGUCCCGUACGUCUACCUGGCGCACAACGCUAUACAGAUGGGUUUCUCAGAGACCGACGCUAGCUUCCUCAUCAGUGUGAUCGGCAUACUCAACAUGGUCGGAGAGAUAUUCCUGGGCUGGGCUGGUGACUGCGCCUGGGUCAACGCAGGUCUAGUCUACGCACUGUCCAUGGCGUUGUGUGGAGCCGUGGUGUCUCUGAUACCUCUCAUCUACUCCUACGAGCUGCUGUGCGUAGUGUCUGGGGCAUUCGGACUGUUCAUUGCUGCCAACUACUCCCUCACCUCCAUCAUCCUCGUGGAGCUCAUCACUCUCGAGAGGUUUACCAACGCCUACGGACUGUUGUUGCUGGUGCAGGGAGUCGCCAAUUUGGUCGGACCUCCGUUGGCCGGUUGGCUGUACGACAUCACCGGCAGCUACGAUCUUCCCUUCUACCUCUCUGGAAUCUUCAUAGCCAUGUCUGGAGCGCUUCUGGUGAUUCUUCCGAUCAUACACAAGGUUCAGAGCAUUCGCAAUGCCAGCAAACAAAAAAAACUGUCCUCCAAUCAUGUGUGAGUCACAGUAUUGUACCGGUGAGGUUAGGUCGCCAAACUGGGGAACAAUAUCUUUGUAGAGGGGUUUUCUUUUAGUCUAUUGACAAUAAUUUUUCAUCAAGGUUGUUGAGGUUUUGUCAAUAACUGAGAAUUGUUUGAAAUACUUUUUCAGUGAUUAGAAUAAAAAAAAAAAAAAAAAUUAAAAUGUAUCAAAAAAAGUCCUUGGAACUUUACAUCCAGACUGAGUUCCAAUUUUAUGUUUCUUGUUACAAUGUUGAUUUGCUAAUUACUUUCCCAAUAUUAGUUGAUAGUCAAUUGAAAAAUUAUGAAAUUAAAUCAUAAAAGUAAAUAAUCUGAAGGAAAACUCUCUCUAAGAUAUUUAUUUGUUUCUCACAAUCUUUCCCAAUUUGGUGACAAAAUUUUUACUGUAUUAGGAAACAAAUUCAACUUAGAUAUACGAGUCUAGGAACAAAUAUAGAUAGUUAGUUACAAUUAUACUGAUAACUUUUUAGAUGCGAGUAAGAUAGAACUAUCAUAGAACGAUUGUUACGUUGAUGAAUACGUCUUCCCUGAUUCCUAGUUUACACAGACUAGCUCGGUGGUUUUUAUUUUAGAUUUGGUUGUUUAUUGUUGUAGUACGUCAUAGACUAGUCGUCUCUAAUCGAUGAAUGACACUUGAAUAUUAGAACUUGAAGAAUAGUAACGGCAUUUACUUUCUUCAAUGUUUACUGUGUCAGACGUAUAGAUUUUGUGUGGAUCAAUUGUUGAAAAGGUAGAUUAUAGUUUAUUUUAAAUCAAGGUAUAACUCAUGAUAAGACAUUUAAUUUUAACAUUGUAAAUUUGUUAUUUGGUUUAUUUGAUUUUGAUUCCAGAUCAACAUUUUUGUUAAGUCUAUCAACAGUUCAAAGUAUUAAUCAACUAUACAUAAUAACAUUCAUAAUGUGUAUUUUAGAUUCAUGGCUUAGCAUUGUUUAGUUAACAAUAUGAAGUCAAUCUGUUAUGCCUAAGGUGUGUUGUCAUAUAAAAAUCAUAAUAUUUUGUUGUAAGUAUGAAAAUGUAAUGUAGGCGUUAGAUCAAGAUUAGAUUGUGCGUUUACGAUUUUAUGUAAUUAUCUAGGCAAUUGAGGGGCACCUAAAAGGGUAAUUUGCUCCGUAUUAUUCAUCCAGGAUUUUUUAAUUUGAAAAUGUGUACAUAAAAAACAAAAAAAGAUUUACAUUGACUAAAAACAUUAGUGUGUAUAUUUCUUUGUUUCCCAACAUCCCUAAUAACAAUAACUUAGACCCAUCUUUGUUAGCAAUAUAAUCCUUAAUGGACACUUAAAACUUUUUGUGCCUGAAAUUUCAUUUUUCGGUAUAAAAACUUUAACACCACUGUUUUCCUGAUUAGUUUUGUGUUUUGGUCAAUUAAGAUGUUUGAAAAAAGCAGACAGAUAAAUAACAGGAUAAUCUUAAGUACAAUUUUACGAUAAGCAUACAAUCCUGACUGAAACAUAAUGUUUACCUUUUAAAAUACCUCAUACACCAAAUAUUUAGAUGUAUCGUAGUUUGUUUUCCGUCAUUGUAAACUCGACCAAUUAUUUAUAGUUUUCUGUGUGUAGCUCUAUAUAUUUGUAUGUUGAACAAUUUAUACAUUAAGACUGAUUAAUUUGUUAUGUAGAUUAUGCUUAUUUUAUAGGAGGUAAUUUUUAUGUUUUGUUUUUAGCAAUUAGUUGAUGAUAUUUUUUAACCGUGGGAACAUUAUUAUGUUUCAGUGCUUCGUCACUUUUUGGUUAGUUUUGUUUUGAAAAUUUAGUAAUGUCUAAUGUCUGUUUGGACAAAAAUGUAAUGUAGUUGUAAUUUUGGGUGAGUUUGUUGGAAAAUCCUUCCCUCACAUGAGCAAUGGGUUUUGAUGGAAAGUAAUCUUAAAUUUGAAUUUGCCCAUUCACUUUGAAAACUGAAGUGGACAUCCCAUCUACAUAAGAAUCACAUGUCCUUAAAAUUUUUUUUUCUCUUAAAAGAGAACUGUAAAGUAAAUAAAUCAUUUUUCAAAAGCAUACUCAGUGGAUAAACAAUUUUUUUCUUCUAAAACAAAACUAAACAUUAAAUGUGAAUAUUGGGUGUCUACUUCAAGAUAGUACACGUGUAGUAGAAAGAUUUGCCAAAGCAAAAUUGGUAAUACAUUAUAUAAUGGUACCCUUGAUUUUUUUUGUGAUUUGUAUAUAAAACCAUAACCGACAGUCAUGUUUUACAAAUAAAUGAUAAUAUACACAACUUUAAAUCACAAAAAAGGACUAGACAGUUUUAACACUACAGUAAUCUGUGAAGUCCAUAUUUCUUCUAAUCAACGGAUGUUUUAUACCCUUUAUGAUGCUGUGAUAUGGGAGUGCCUGAGGUUCCAUUUAGAAUAUAAAAUGGUCAGAGGCACUCCUAUCAUGCAAAGAGUAUAUGGUAUAUUCAAGUCUGGCAUACCACACUAUGGAGGCCUACACAGAAAUUAACAACAUUUUUUACCAUAUCAUGACUGUAAUUUACUAUGGAUGAAGACUAGUUCUCAAUUUCUGUGUUAUUUAAAGUACACAAUACAAAUCAAAACGGGGGAAGACUUUACGUGUUGCCAUAUUAAGCCAUUAUUACCAACUAUACCAGUUAUUUCUUAUAAUACUUUCCUUUUAAUGAUUGAGUUGAAUACAUUUGAGGAAUUCUGUUAAGUUCAUAUGUCAUUGUCUAAUGUCAUCCAAGGUUUUACCAUCGUCUUAUUUAGUUAGUUAUCUCAGAAGUCUGCUGAACUGGAUGUAAAGAUUAUAAUAAUCUCCAGCUCAUAAUAAUAAAGUUUGUAAAAUCACACAUAACCUUUAUUCUCUUCCAUCAAUCAGUAAGAUGUUAGUGAUGUUUGUAUCUCGUUUGAAGAAGGUGCUCCUCCUAGUUUUUUUUUUUUUUUUUUACACCAGUUAAGUUGUUUUUUAGUUCCUCCUUUUGUACAUAACAUACGAGCGUGUAGAUCCGAUGUAAAUAGUCGACAAAACGAUCGAGUUUUGUUCUCAGAUAUUUAGUACAAUUUUAUAAAUUGUUCAAUUAUAUACAGAUUGUAUAUGAGAGUGUUAGUAUUUUGUACUUUCUCACAGCUUCUACCCUAAAUGCUGGUAAAACCCAGAUUAUUAGUUUAAUUUUAUGUUUGGUUGUAUAAUUUUCAAAUAAGAUAAAAAUUUAGGUUCAAAAAAUUCAUACUCUUAUGAAAAUAAUUAUUAGUCAAUUUUUGUUUGCUAGGGAAAAAAAUUGUGAAAACAUGUCUUGGCUAUGUAUGGAAAGAUUUAACUGGAGUAAGAGCUUGGUACAGUACUUCUAUUUCAGUUUGCCUAAAGAAAUAUUCUUGUAAAAUAACAAAUCAAAUAAACUGUAUCAGCAAUCUGACACAUAACUUUUCCCAUUAGCUUGAUAACAAC